GUGAAAUACUCUGACGGAACGAAAUUGGCUUUGGUAGAUAUCGCCAGUCAAAUAUGCCAUUCAAAAGGAAAGGUUUGGUGUAUGAAGGGCGAAAAGCAAAAAAUCCACACAAAGAAAAAAGAUCAUAACAAAUUGUCUGAACCGCUCUCAUGCCUUUUUUUCUCGUUCUGAUGAAAUGCAAAUAUUCAACUAACUUUGCAUUAAAAUGGUCACGUCUUGAAACUCUGUUUUUAUUCCGAAGAAACUUUCAGGAAAAGAAGAGGAAGCCAAGAUGUUCCGAUUAUUAUUUGCACUAAGCUUCGUUUUUAUCCUGAGUACCUUUGCAGUCUCAAAGAACCAAUUUGUCAGUGGGAAUUUUUUGUCAGUAAAUACCAAGACAUAUCGUCUCUUUGUAGAUGAAUAAACGUUCUUAAAUAUUCAUGCUAAACGCUACACAGUUUAGAGUCGUACCACGUUGUUCGAGCUAGAUCUCCCUUUUUUUUUCAGGGUUCGAAGAAUGGAACACAGCAAAGUCAGUGCGGAAAGUCCGUUUCGAAGGACAGUUGUUCCUGCCGCGACGGUAUGAACUUAUCACAACUUGCUGAGUUUGAUAUUUUGCCCAAAUGGAAUUUGCAAUUUCUUGAUAUUUUAUGUUUUCUUGUACAUUAACGACCCUUUUUCACCCUUGUUUUUUCAGGCAGAGACGGCAGAGAUGGCCAAAACGGUAUGGAAUAACCAACAAAAGUCUUGGAUAGUUAAGUCGCACUUUAAAGGUUUUUUUUGUAAUAAACACUGAAUCACUUUAACACCCAUAAUUGGGUGAGAGCGUUCUGCCAGCAAUGUAUAGUUAAGAACAAAGUGUGCUUGUAGACGACUACGUUUCUCCGAAAGGAUACUUGAAAUACUAAAAUGUCUCUCGAAAUAUCUUUUGCUUCAUGAAAUUCCCUCACAGCAAAUAUUUAUUUGUCUUUGAUUGAAGGAAAAGAUGGCCGCGAUGGAUGCGACGGGAAGAUAGGAACAAAGGUUGGUGUGAAGAAAUGAACAAAGUACUGAAGGACAAACGCCACAGGCGAAAACGGAAGAAAAGAAAAGAAAGAUGUAGAGGAUGUUCUUUCAAAUCACAAACCGCUCUCAAACUAAGGGAAUAUUGUUUACAAAAUUCUGAAUUAAAUAACCGCGUUAGAGUUGAAUCAUAUGUAUAUUUUGGGCAAAUUUACCGAUGAGUUAAAUUUUAUUUUUAGAGACUGACAGACUCCUCACGAGUUACAUAGGUCGGCGUCAUUUGAGCUUAGUAGUGAAGUUAUAAGAUCGCUGAGUAUAAUAAAUACACUGAAUAUUUUGACGAUUCUCUGUCCUCAUGUCGUAUGAUUUUCUUCAGAUCAAAGAGGACAGUAAGUGAAAGCGUCUAAAACUUCAAACUUUCUUAAAGCGGCACCUAUUGUAUGUAGGGUAUUUAAAAGCUACUUUUUUAAAAUUUUAUUUCAGGGUGAGAAAAGCGAACUCACUUGAUUUUUAUUACCAAAGCUCGCAAUCUUUUUGUCGUUAUCAUCUCAGUCACAAUCUUUAACGAAAGGUUUCUUCUUUUCAGGGAGACAGAGGAGAACGAGGACCGACGGGAAACGAUGGAAUGAACGGUUUAAAGGUUGGUGUUAAAAUUUCUUACCAACUUAACUUCAAAACCACAAAAAGGGCAAAUAAUAAAACUUAUUCAUGGAAGCAACAACAAGUAUGAUUGUGAUGUAAUAUUUCCUUUUGAAUAUUACACUUAGGGAGUCAAAGGAGAGCAGGGCUUUCAUGGGAAAGAUGGAAUAAAUGGAACAAAGGUCGGUCGAUGAUUUUUCCUAAGAAACCUCACUUCGAGUUUUUAAGGUUUUUUAUGAAAAUCUAACUUAACUUAUCUGCCAAACAACAAAACAGUAAAAGAAAAAAAAAGGAGAAAGAAGGAAAAAAAGCAGUCCCCUUGUUAAGGGAAGUUUAAGGGAAACCAGAAAAAAAACCCUCACCUGAUAAACCGUGGCCAUUUGAAAGCAUUAUCACCGACUUAAGCGAAAGUAAAAUUCUGUACCUACUGUCGCAACUCUACCACAGAGUUCUCUGGCCAUUGCUCAAAUAUCUUCCGCAUCGAUUUGUAAGAUAUACUUUGUUUUUAAUUUUUAAUCAUGAAAUGAACACUUUUAAUUUCUAUUUUUUCAGGGUCAAAAAGGCGAAACCAGUCCGGCGGGUAAAUCACCUCAAGGUGCCAUCAAGUUUGGUGACACCGCUGAGAAAUGUACUCUGCGAACUGCUGGCACGGUUCGUUACAAUGUCUCCCAAAAAGCCUUGCAACUCUGCGAUGGAAGUGCUUGGUUGCCAUUGGUGAUCGGAGGGAAAGGUCAUGUGGCCAAUAGACCUGGCCUUCACUGUAUGGAUAUCCUAAAAUCAGGUGAGAUUUUUAUUUUUUAAAGGGUUUGAAAAAUGCUUGAGUUAAAAAAAAUCCCAAAUCAUCUUAAUGCUCUGUUUAAGGUGGCAGUCGUGAUAGCGGACUGUACUGGAUCGAUCCAAACGGAGGCUCGAUAGGUGACUCGUUCCAGGCUUUUUGCGACAUGGAGACUGAGGGUGGAGGUUGGACACUAGUAGCCACCAAGGUUUCCCCAAGCUUCAUCUCUAUAAAAACAACAUUUUCAGCAUCAGCAGCAAAAUCCACAGAUACAGAUGCAGCGAGUCACAUCCACCCGAACAUGGGGGACUGGGAGGAGGUCAUGUUCCGGUUCAAUGACGUCAAUACCAUCAGGGUCAUUUACAACAGGAAGGCAGGCGCUCCAGAUAAGGACAAAACAGACUUUGACAAGUUCUUAAUAGUUCUUACAAUAAGAUCAAGAACAUCCACGGGUUUUACAAGUACAGCCAGGCAGAUCACAAUAAGAGGAAUCCCUCUUCUGGUUUUGCCACAAUAUCUCGCCUGCACUUCUAUUCAAAAAACGGAAUAUCUGAAGAGCAUAGGGGCAUAG